UCUGUGCCAGAGAGAAAAAGACAGCAGUCCUACAACAACACAUACUCUGAGAAUUUCACUAUGUGAAAGACUCCUUUAGACAUGGGCAUUUUGUUCUGCAAGCAAAGGACAAGAUUUUGCCAAGGGAAAAAGAUUUUCUUGAAUCAGAAGGACUGAAGAGUGUUACUGCUCACCAAGUUCAGCCAGGAAUGGAUGGAGCAGCAAGUAAUCUCACCAAAGCCCCCUGAAGUCGUAUUCGCAGGCAUUUAAGCUGCUUAUGGAAGAAGGGACCUCUAUACUCUUUGGCAGGAUGAAUAAGACCAAGGGAGCCUUUGAGAGCCCAGAGCUUUGGAGCCCAGGUCACACGCAGAGCACCUCCUCGAUCAGCACUGCACCGCCAUCUGCAUUUGGCCAGCAGGCCACAGACAAAGCCCUGAAUGGGAUCCUUAUUGUGGUCCUCUUCAUCGUCAUGGUAUCUUUGGGGUGUACGAUGGAGAUAACCAAGAUCACAACUCACCUCAGGAAACCCAAAGGGGUGGCAAUUGCUGUAAUGGCUCAGUAUGGUGUAAUGCCCUUGACAGCGUUUGUUUUGGGCAAGCUCUUCCAGCUAGGUACUAUAGAAUCCCUGGCCAUCCUCACCUGCGGCUGCUGUCCAGGUGGAAACCUCUCAAACAUCUUCAGCCUGGCACUAAAAGGCGAUAUGAACCUCAGCAUUGUAAUGACCACAUGCUCAACGGUCCUGGCAAUUGGACUAAUGCCUCUGCUUCUGUACCUUUAUUCGGGAGGACUAUAUGACGGUGAUCUGGAGGGCAAGGUGCCAUAUAAAGGAAUAAUCAUCUCCCUGGUCCUAAUGCUAAUCCCCUGUGCCAUUGGCAUCAUCUUGAAUGAGAAGAAGCCACAGUACACCAGCUUGGUCGUCAAGACAGGCGUGGCUGUGCUUCUACUAUCACCUGUUGCAAUAAUCAUUCUGUCUGCGGUCAACGUUGGAAGCAGUAUCACGGACACCUUCUCACCAGCGCUUCUGGGAUCUUCUGCUUUGAUGCCUUUUCUUUAAUACAUGUCUGGCUUUACCUCUUUCUCCUCCAGAUGCAGACGGACAGUGUGCAUGGAAACUGGCUGCCAGAAUGUACAACUUUGCUCUACUAUACUUAAGGUCACCUUUGCCCCAGAAAUCAUUGGUCCCCUAUACUUUUUCCCACUUCUCUACUUGAUAUUCCAGCUUGGAGAGGGCCUUCUGCUCAUCCUGCUCUUCAGGAUCCAUGAUAGAAUAACAAAACCAAACGAUGCAGCAAAAGUGACCUGCACAGCUAUCACCCAAGACACAGAUAUCGCCCAAGAGAUAAAACCAGUAUCAAGACCCUGCAGAAAUAGCAGGAAACCAGGAAAACAGUAUAGAAAGAUUGUGCAACAAACCCCUCAAGCUCUACCUUCUGCAGAAGGUUUACAGGUCUCUCAGAGUUUUGUGUAAAACUUGUACUAUAUGCUCAUUUUUAAACUAGAGGAAGGGAACUCCCAUAGAACUAUCCCCAUCCUCACUACGUUAUUUCCCCAAAGACCUUGUUUCACAGAUUAAGCCUCUUCCCACCAUCCCCAUGAGGGAGACUUCCAGGCUCACCUGUGGAAAGGAAAGUCAUCCAUGACAACCUACAGGUACUCCUUUUCUUUUGGGAUAGUUUAGUGACUACCCUCUCUGACACGUUCCCAAAUGACUGCCCCCACCUUUGCCCACAGGAAAAAUCAUUUCCAUCAUCAAUUCCUUUUCUGAAGUUCACUUCCUUAUAAUUGUCUUACUGGCAAACGUUGGAGACCAUUCCCAAAGACAUCCCUGUAGAGAUCAAAAAUGAGGUGUGAAACUUUCUCAAUGUAGAAUCCACAAACUGAGACCAAUAUCCCAUGGACUGCUGGCCAUCCCCCUUUUCCAAGAACCCAAGUAGCAUCCGGUAUACCAUUUGUGUCUACGCAGCAGACACCACAAAAACUCACAACAUAGCCAUGUAAUGUGCAGAGCGUGCAGAAUUUGGGCCCAGCAAGCUGCAUGUGAGCCCUGAACAUGCCUUGCUUUAUAGGAGCCAGUCAACUAACUACAGUCUAUUUUCAGGACAUCAUCUUGCUGUUCACAUCACAGCACAGAGAUGACUGUAGUGGAGGAUGUUGGAGGAUUGGCAUUAGAACUGUAAAUGUGCUAAGUAUGCAUUGUAACCUAAAGUAAUACAGCUUAAAGAAUAAACAGGACUGUACUGAGAACCCACACUUUAAUAAAGCUGCUGUCGUUAACUGCUGUAACCUGAGGCACAAAUAUAGGUAUCACAGUAUCGUCCAGAAAAAUCAUUUUUGACAAGGCAAUGCAAACAACCCUCAGCAAUGCAAAGCCUAGCAAUGUGUUUUAGGAUUACAGCCCACUCGGACCUUAAGCAGACCUUAAGCAGCUGGCUCAUCAAUGCAGCUAGCUCAUCCAUGCAAAAAUCUAUUCAGGCUGCCAGUGAGAAGUUGUUUUAAAAACAGGAUUCAGAACAGUCAUUGCUGGAACAGAAAACAUUCCCAUGAUAACACAAUAGAAGCAGUGAACACUUGGAGGAAAGUCUUCCAUGAUGCUCACUUUUCAGAUUUGCUACACUUGGAAAGGGUGUUCAUACUUGCCCUGUUAAGCCUGGGAACAGAACAAAGAUAACUUUAUUCCUUGGAAUUCACAUACUACCUGGACUGUCUGGACACAGCUCUAAAUGCUUACCACCUGUGUUCUGGGUUUAAAUAUCUGGAAAACAGUAGAGAACAGCAACUGAUGCUCAGGAAAUGCUAGUACCAUUACAAGCAGCGACUCCACGUUGAAGUUGGAGGGAAGAAUAAAGGUGAGCACAGAACUCAAGAAGGAACAGUCAUCAGAAAGCACAAUGCUGGUUUGUAAGCACAGGCACACUAGUAGAACAUGACAACUACAUUAAUCUUUAGUUACUGCUUAGAGAACAAGCCUGUAAGAUUAAAGCAUAAAUGAUUCAGCCUUUCCCCUUUCUACUAUGAACGUUGUUCAUAGGAACGUUCCCCUUAUUAUCACAUUCCUUUUUUCAGAAUAUAGAUGCCCAUUAAGAUAGACAUUUAAGGACAGCUAUACUUUGACUAUGUUGAAAUAGUCUAACCAAGGCAGCUUUAGCAAAGAGCCAACUUUAAGACAGCUUGGUUUUCUACAGACAAUAAAAUUUAAUUUUUUGUAAAAUGCAUUUACAGCAAAGAAAGUCUUUCCCCUCCACCCCACGACCAGAAUACUCAACAGCUUUACCACAACUCUAUCUUUAAGAAAUGUUUUACCACUGCCUAACUACAUGAGGCACAGCCACAAAUGCCUUAUUAACAGAAAGAAUACACCAGACUCAGAGACAGGUUUCUUUGUAUUUUAUUUGAGAUAUUUAAUUCUAAAGUAUCGAGAAGUAGGGUGCUUUAUAGAAUACUAUUACCACAGGGCAGUGAAAUGGGCGUUUUCUUAGUGUAGUGCAAGUCGUUAAAUGAAAAGCUUUCAAAAUAAAGUUUUAUUACCAAUAUUGACCAGCACUUAAUCUGCUGACCUAUAACUGAAACAAUGGUUCAAAAGCACAAAAAAAAUACCCUCUGAAAUAAAGCUUUAUGUACAGCACAUGUAGAGCUCUUAGAUGCCUAAAGCUAUUAGUUUAAUUUGAGAUAUUAAACUAAUAUUCUGAAUUGCUAUUCACAGUUGAAUAUACCGGGAACUAAGUGUUCAGGUAACUUUUUUUUGAGUACAAAAAAAAAAAAUUUGUCUGCUUUAGUUAUAAAGAGCUCUGCCAAUAUACACAAA